GAAUUUUCCUAAUUACGCGUCUUUGAGGAGUUAUAUGAGUAAAAGCGUCUUAUAAUCUCUAUGACUCUAUCUACGCAAAACAAACCUAAAGACAGUCCAAAGAAAAAGAAAAAAUGAGUUACAAAAUCGCUGGAGCAUCGGAGUAUCUUGCCAUCACCGGUGGUGGAAUCAAAGACAUCAAGCUUGCCAAGUCUUCUUGGGUGCUUCCAUGGCAGUCUUGCACCGUCUUCGAUGUUUCUCCGGUCAACUACACGUUCGAGGUCCAGGCCAUGAGUUCCGAGAAGCUCCCCUUUGUUAUCCCCGCCGUUUUCACCAUCGGUCCACGCGUCGAUGACCCUCAUGCUCUCUUGCUGUACGCCAUGCUUAUGUCUCAACACGAUAAGCACUCGAACCACGUCAACGAGCUUGUUCAAGGUGUUAUCGAAGGAGAGACUCGUGUUCUUGUUGCCUCCAUGACCAUGGAAGAAGUCUUCAAAGGAACAAAGGAGUUCAAGAAGGAAGUGUUUGAAAAGGUUCAGCUUGAGCUAAACCAAUUUGGUCUUGUGAUCUACAACGCUAAUGUUAAGCAGCUGGUUGACGUGCCUGGACAUGAGUACUUCUCUUACUUGGGUCAGAAGACACAGAUGGAAGCAGCUAACCAAGCCAAGAUCGAUGUAGCAGAGGCAAAGAUGAAGGGAGAAGUGGGUGCCAAAGAACGGACCGGGCUCACGAUUCAGAACGCAGCAAAGAUUGACGCGGAGUCAAAGAUCAUCUCCACUCAGAGGAAAGGAGAAGGGACAAAGGAAGAGAUCAAGGUGAAGAGUGAGGUCCAAGUGUUUCAAAAUGAGAAGGAGGCUCUUGUUGCUAAAGCCGAUGCAGCACUUGCGAUUCAGAAGGCUGCUCUAACCAAAAGCUCUCGGGUGGCUGAGGUUGAAGCCGCCAAGGCAGUUGCUAUGAGGGAAGCUGAGCUUCAAACUCAAGUUGAGAAAAUGAAUGCGUUGACUCGGACGGAGAAGCUCAAAGCUGAGUUCCUCAGCAAAGCCACUGUUGAGUAUGAAACCAAGGUGCAAGAAGCAAACUGGGAGUUAUACAACAAGCAAAAGAAAGCAGAAGCUGUUCUUUACGAGAAGCAGAAACAAGCGGAGGCGACGAAAGCUGCAGCUGAUGCUGCCUACUAUGCUAAGCAAAGAGAUGCAGAGGGGAUUGUUGCCAUGGCCAAUGCUCAAGGGACUUAUAUCAAGACCCUCCUAGGCGCUGUCAACAACGACUACUCAGCAAUGAGGGACUUCUUGAUGAUCAACAAUGGGGUUUAUCAGGAUAUCGCCAAGACCAAUGCUAUUGCCAUCAAGGACUUGCAGCCUAAGAUCAGUGUGUGGAACCACGGUGGUGCUGGUGCUGAUCAGGGGAUGACUAGUGGUGGUAUGAAGGAUAUUGCUGGACUCUACAAGAUGUUGCCACCGGUUCUUGAUACGGUUUAUGAGCAGACUGGGAUGCAGCCACCGGCUUGGAUUGGUACACUACGUGGUGCUGAGCCUAGCCGUUGAAAGGUCCAAGAGUGCUUUCUUUUAUUUUAUUUUAUGCUUUUGGAGGAUCAUCUUUUAUGCUUGUGACUUGGAAUCAAGUCAGCGUUUGUAAUUAACCCCAAUUUCGUGACUGAGAAAUAUGGGGUUUUAUCAGUUUUUUUGGGUUGAUUUUAUGGAUAAUUUGGCUUUUUUCAAAGUGUGCUUAAUUAUUUAUUUUUAAAAUAUGAAUAUAACCCCAAUUUCGUGACUGAGAAAUAUGGGGUUGUAUAUUGAAUAUUGACUAGUGGAUAAAACUGCGAUAGUAGGUACAAUACAUGCAAGUCUAUUGCACAAAGGAGUUGACAAAUGAAAAACGUUACAACUUACACGAUACCAGACACAUUUUUACAAGUUUUGUAACAUUAUUCUAUAUAUACAUGCAAGUCUAUUGCAGAUUGUGAUAGAUUACAGCAAUAAUUUCAAAAACAUCAUAACUUUUUCUCGUAAGACAUGUAUCCACAGAUCUAGACUGUCCUAGCAACGACUCAUCUAAAAUUGCAAAGAAAUUGAAGGCCAUUACAUUACACCAAUUAUUAAACGAUAACUGAAAAAAUGGUGAUAACAGCCAUGUCAUGAAAACGUAUAAUCUUUCUUUUUGUACAUAACUAUAAACUCACAAGCAACCACUAAACAUGACUAUGUAAAAAACCAACACAUAUAAUCUUGUAAGUUCUUAUUGGGGAGUCAUUUCUAUUGCUGCUGAUCAUUACGGGUUCUUGAGAGCCUAUGCUAUCUUCUUGGAGUUUGAGUAUUUGCUUCCUGCGCUUGUUUUGGUCUCGAUAUCCUCAGUAUCCUUUGCGUUAUUGUGUAUGCUUUAUGUAUUUUCGUUGCUGUAAGCCUGUAACCUCUUUGCCUUAGAGAGUUAGAGCACAACAAUGACAGCACUUAAAACCUUAAUUUAAGACUAACUGUGUUUUUUAAAGUAUACAGAUAGAAGGCAAUGUUGCCAUUGUGAAGCAAUAUGGCAACAUAAAAUGAAGAUAACAUGUUAGGCAUGAUGAUCUACGCUCUACGGGAGUGUUAGCGAAUUUAUAAAAUUCAAACCUCCAUUUAACAAUUUACGUAUUUAAUAAUAUCAUUUUAGAAACCCAAUUAAUUUUUAUGUUGACUCGGUCCGAACAAAACGGACAAGUAGAGGAGCAAUCAGCAACCGCCACCUGUUUUUUA